GCGUGACUUCAUGGACCCUGGGCGAACAAAGCUAAUGAAAACCGCUGUGCCUUCAGUUCGCCCAUCGACAUAUUCAGAUGCUGAGAGAGCUAAAGACGAAACUCUUCCAGACUUUAUGGAAGCGACAACCCCACCGUGCGGCGCAGACCCCAUGGAGGCUACAGCCUCCAGCUUCCGGCCCGAAGAACCCUCAACCGCUGCCCAUGACUCCAUGGAAGCGACACCCCCACCGUGCGGCGUAGACCCCAUAGAGGCUUCAGCCCCAUCAUGCGGUGCAGCCUCCAGCUUCCGGCCCAAAGAACCCUCAACCGCUGCCCAUCACUCCAUGGAAGCGACACCCCCACCGUGCGGCGUAGACCCCAUAGAGGCUUCAGCCCCAUCAUGCGGUGCAGCCUCCAGCUUCCGGCCCGAAGAACCCUCAACCGCUGCCCAUGACUCCAUGGGACCGACAACCCCACCGUGCGGCGCAGACCCCAUGGAGGCUACAGCCUCCAGCUUCCGGCCCGAAGAACCUUCAACCGCUGCCCAUGACUCCAUGGAAGCGACAGCCUCACCGUGCGGCGCGGACUCCACGGAGGCUACAGCCCCAUCAUGCAGCUCGCCCUUGGAUUUCCGACCGGUGACACCGUCCACAUGGUCCUCCUCUGAACCAGUUGGAGCUUGUAAGUGUCCCAUUUCUUUUGUUCACCUGUGCCCAUAUGCUACUACUCAUAUAACUAAAAUUCAUGCAUGUUAAGGUGGGUAUUAGUUUGUCUACUUUUCCGGUGAUGGGCUUUUCAUGCAAAACCUGUAAUAUACCUUACGUACUGUAUUGUCAAGGCAUACAGUGGAAAUAUGUAAAUUUAGCAAACAUAGCUUCAAAAGCCCAGUUUCCCACGAUUUCUAAUUGUCUGUAGUUUAGGGGCAUAUUAUCUACUUGCAGAUUAUGUCACUGUAAGGUAAUGUUGGCUAUGCUGGUUAU